UGAGAUUUUUUCUCUUCUGGUUGAUCAACUUGAAUUCAUUGCAAACAUCAUCAAUUUGUAUCAGAAUUUGAUUGUUGCUGAUAUUUUUUAAUUUCUGAUUUAAUUCUCACUUUUGGUUUAACAAUUAGUUAAUUGUGUUCAUCUAACCAACAUGGAAUUAGAAAUUUUGAAAGCUGGAACCAGCGAAUCUACAAUUGUCACUCUUGUUGAUGUCAGUCCAUCUUCUAAGAUCCGGGAUAUCAAGAAAUUAAUUUUCAAACAGAAGAAAUCAUUGUAUCCAGACAGACAAGCACUUCGUCUUGAACCAAGGGGAAAGUCCCUUGAUGAUGAUGUACAGUUAAAGAGCAUUAGUGGUAAUCUCAAAAAUGGUAGGAAACUUUUCCUCAAAGACUUGGGUCCACAAAUCGGCUGGAAAACUGUUUUCUUCUGGGAAUAUUUCGGUCCUUUGGUUUGUUACAUGGUUUCUUAUACCAGACCAGAACUUCUCUACGGUAAAGGAGCUGCCACUAAACCGAUGCACCAAGUAGUUCAAUAUGCGGCUAUUUGCUGGUCAUUCCAUUAUGCUAAGAGAAUUAUUGAAACUUUAUUCGUUCAUAGAUUCUCUCAUGGUACAAUGCCUCUUUUCAACCUAUUCAAGAAUUGUUCUUACUAUUGGGGUUUCGCUUUCUACAUUGGAUAUUAUGUCAACCAUCCUCUUUACACUCCACCAUUAUUUGGAAGUCUCCAAAUAAACAUUGGGCUCAUUGGAUUCAUUUUAUCUGAACUUGGAAAUUUCAGCAUUCACAUUGCUUUGCGAAAUCUUCGACCUGCCGGAACAAGGGAAAGAAAGAUACCAGUACCAACAAUCAAUCCAUUCACGAUUCUCUUUAACUUCGUCUCUUGUCCAAACUACACCUAUGAAGUUUACUCAUGGAUCUUUUUCACAAUCAUGACUCAAUGUUUACCUGCUGGUUUAUUUGCUGCUGCAGGAUUUUUCCAAAUGACUCUCUGGGCCUUUGCAGCGGCCUCAGGGAAGCUGAUGAAUUGA